AACGUUCAUUAUUUACAGAGAACAUAUAAUAUUCGGUGUCUUAAUAUACUUACAUAACUAAAUCGUGUGUUGUUGUCUUGAUUUAAUAGCUUUUGAUAAAUUAAAUCAGCCUAAAAGUGUCUUAUAAUGUUAUCAUGAGUUUGGUGCUCUUACUGAAUUUUAGAAAAGUGUGUGUGUGCAAAAGCUGUCCAUUGAAAUAGUACAGAUCAGUACAAAUUAUAAUUUUCAGUGGUAAAGACAUUUUUCAGCAAAUGCUACUGAGGAUAUGCUAGAAUUUCUGCAUAGGGAUUGACAGAAAUGCAAUGCUGAGAAUAAACAUUAAAUUUCAAGAAUGAAGGUGUUUUGAGAAAAAACUCAAAAGUCAAAAUAAAAUGUUGAGAAUAAACUCUUUCGAGUAAAAAAAAAAAAAAAAACUCAUUCAAUUUCGAGGGAAAAAGGAGAAAUAAAAAAAUCACUCUUUCCCUGAUCAUAUUGUAGCCCCAGAGAAUAGAAUAGAAUAAAAUAAAAAUAAUAAAAUAAAAUAAAAAUCACUCUAUCACUGAUCAUACUGUAGUUCCCGAAAACAAAACAAUAACAUUUGGCUAAUUAAUCAGUUUACUUUCUUCAAGUUUCUUCGCCACAUUUAUCUAAUCUCUUCUGACAUCUGGUGGUAUAUUUGAGAAAUUAAUCAGCCCAUUAGAUUCCUCAAAUUAGGAUAUCUCCUUGUGUAGACCUACUGUACAAAUACUGUAUUUUCAUAUGUUUUCACAUGUAAUUUGCAGUAGCUGUUAUAACAAACACACAGUCAGACCACAACGGGAAGUGACAGUUUGAAGUGAAGGAUAAAAAUAGCCCUCACUGUAUUUAGAAUAGGGUGGGUUUCUGCUCUCUUGACCAAAUGCUUCUGUCAGUCAAGACUUCAAACAAGAUGGCAGACAAAGGGAACUGGGCUUUGGCAAUAACAGUAUGCGUAGCCGGUUUUCUGGCGGUCCGGGCAGACAUUAUCACAGACGCUCCGGUGGGUCAGCUGUUUGUCUAUGAGCUACACCGAGAGGUUUUCCAGAGUGAAUUUGAGCCUUUUCAUAAAGUCUUCCAUGGUCAUGUUUACAAUGAUCCCAUGGUGUUUAAAUGCAACAAGGAGCGAUUUCCAGAUCUGCCCCAGUGGCUCCGCUUUACCCAGAGGGACCCUUAUGAGAACGGAUUCCUGUACGGGACGCCGCUGCCACAGGACAAGGGCAGGAACAUCAUCGAGAUAUUUGUGAUCAACAAACGGAGUUAUGACACAUUUCGAGAGAGGCUGGUGAUAAACGUGGGUCCUGCAGUAAAGCGCAUGCCGUACCAGGCUGAGUUCUUCAUAGAGCGGCGAGAGAUCGAGAAGGUCCUGCCUGCUGCUGUUCAAAAGGAGAUUCAACUGGACAUUCAGCAUCUGUGGGGAACCGAAAGGCUGGAUUUUGUGAACAUAACCUCUGCUCUGGACAGGGGCGGCCGCGUCCCUCUUCCUCUUCCAGGAUAUUUUGAGGGUGUGUAUGUGAAACUAGGUUCAGACCGGCCCUUUUCCAAAUGUAUGCUGAGACUAGAGACGUCGGCGCACCAGAGAGAGUGUGAAGCCGGUGGGAAGAUCACCGGAGACUGCAGCACCUGCACAAACCCCAUCAACUGCAUAACCUGGUGCAAAUCUGUCCUGUUUGAUCUGUCCAAGCCUGUUCCUCCUGCCCCGCUCCCUACCGUGGGUUCAGGUGUCCUCGCGUGGGGUGGAGAGUUCAGUCCUCCAGAGUCUCCGCCCGAGAGAGAUUUCUUCCCCGACUACAUAGUCACCGUCAUCGUUCCCUUCGCCCUGGCUUUGAUCCUCUGUCUCAUCCUGGCCUACAUCAUGUGCUGUAGGAGAGAGGGAGUUCUGAAACGAAAUGCCAAGACUCCUGAUCUCCAGCUGUACCAUCACCACACCAUUCAGGAUAACGCCAACGAGCUGCGGAGAAUGGCGGGCGGAGACAGGCUCACCGUGGAUCCGCCUCGGCAGUGCUUACAGCCGCUCCUCAUGGCGGAGCAGGCGAUGGCGGAGCGCUGAGAAACAUUACAGAGAUGGUGUGCAAUUGUUUUUAACUUUCACUAUUUGUUUCUUGCUUUGUGUGUCUUUGAGGAAUACUUCACCCAAAAAAGAAAAUUUACCCAAUAAUUCAACACUAUCACUGUCAGUUUGCAUUAGUCAAAUCUGAUUAAUCUGUUUAACCCCCUGGUAGUCUUCAGUCAUUUUAGACAGAAAAUUUUCACAUUUUAAUUUUUUUUUUUUUUUUCAAUUUUUUGGUAUGCAAUAUGAAGACACACACGCAAAACAUGAUUACAAAAUGGCAAAUGGUGACACUUGUAAUCUUCACUGUCAAAAAAGGAAAUGAAUAGAAAAUACAAAAAUACAGAGAAUCGUUUAGGGUAAAUAUACAAAUUAAUAUAUAUACUGGUUACACAAUGGUCAUAACAUAUGAUUUUCUUUAUUUAUUCCACCAGAUGGCACCAAUCUGCUUUCCAUGCAUUUGUUAUGAAAUACAUUUGCUAUAUUUAGGUUAUCACUGUAUUAAUACCAGAGGGUUAAAAAGAUCAAGUAUUGGUGCUUAUACCAAUCCUUGAUCAGUUAAUUCCAGACUAUCAACAAUGGAAUGGGAACAUGGUCUCUGUUUGGAGUUUGGAUCACUAUACUAACUCUUAUAUCAACUAUUGUAUGCGGUGUAAAAUGUAAUUUGAUGUGAAAUAUAUUAAUAAAACUUUAAGUCUGUGAAUGUUA